GGAUUAUGCUGUGAUUUCCCACCUCCAAAUACUCAUCCUCUCUCUCCCGGCCCCACUCGCUUUGUCUUUAUUUUUUUGUUUUCGUAUAACAAUAUAUUUAUUUUCAGCUCACUCUUUUUUUCUACACUAUCUCUUCACUGGUUUCUUUGGCCUCUGGGCUCCCAGGACGAACCACAAAAUCAACAUCUACUGAUAUGGAGGUCACUAAUGUCACCGAGUAUGAUGCCAUUGCUAAGCAAAAAUUGCCAAAGAUGGUAUACGACUACUAUGCAUCAGGCGCAGAGGACCAGUGGACUCUGCAAGAGAACAGAAAUGCCUUUGCAAGAAUCCUGUUCCGACCUCGUAUUCUUAUUGAUGUCACCAAUAUAGACAUGACUACAACUGUGUUGGGAUUCAAGAUAUCUAUGCCAAUCAUGAUUGCCCCAACAGCCAUGCAGAAAAUGGCUCACCCGGAAGGAGAGUAUGCAACGGCAAGAGCUGCAUCCUCAGCUGGAACAAUUAUGACCUUGUCUUCUUGGGCCACAUCUAGUGUUGAAGAGGUUGCUUCAACCGGACCUGGCAUCCGCUUCUUCCAGCUUUAUGUCUACAAGGACAGGAAUGUUGUUGCUCAGCUUGUGAGAAGAGCUGAGAGAGCUGGCUUCAAGGCUAUUGCUCUUACAGUUGAUACCCCAAGGCUAGGGCGUAGAGAAGCCGAUAUCAAAAACAGAUUUACUUUACCACCGUUUUUGACAUUGAAGAACUUCGAGGGUCUAGACCUUGGCAAGAUGGAUGAAGCUAAUGACUCUGGUUUGGCUUCAUAUGUUGCUGGUCAGAUUGACCGAUCCCUCAGCUGGAAGGAUGUCAAGUGGCUUCAGACUAUAACCAAGAUGCCGAUCCUAGUGAAGGGAGUAAUUACUGCUGAGGACACAAGGUUGGCUAUACAAGCUGGAGCAGCAGGUAUCAUUGUAUCCAACCAUGGUGCUCGUCAACUUGAUUAUGUCCCUGCCACUAUAAUGGCUCUGGAAGAGGUUGUGAAGGCUGCCCAAGGUCGCGUACCAGUUUUCUUGGAUGGGGGAGUCCGUCGUGGAACAGAUGUCUUUAAAGCAUUGGCACUUGGAGCCUCUGGCAUUUUUAUUGGACGACCUGUUGUAUUCUCGUUGGCUGCUGAAGGAGAAGCCGGGGUUAAAAAAGUACUCCAGAUGCUUCGCGAGGAGUUUGAAUUAACCAUGGCACUAAGUGGAUGUCGCUCCGUCAGUGAAAUCACUCGUAAUCACAUUAGCACCGACUGGGAUACUCCUCGUGCUCAGUUUACACCAAGAUUGUAAAUAUGUACUUGUGCUGUGCAUAAAUAAUUGCAUUUCUUCUAGCAGCGCGAUAAUAUUGUUACAAUGUGUUCAAGAGCCUGCUUUGUUUACAGAACUUGCUCUAUUCCAUAUGUUUAUGUAUGUUAAAAACGUUUUUAAAUAUCUAAUGGCUACUAUCUCUGUCA